AACAUCCAUAUUGAGUUACCAUAAUACGCCACGUUUAUAUUCGGUAAUUAAAAGCUAAUACUGACGACGUACGUGGCGGCCCAUUAAAACUCGUCAACGACGCCGUUUUCCAACCAGAUAUAGAUCAAGCAAAACUUCCCGUUGACAAUUCUCCACUCUCCUCCUCCUCCUUAAAAUAAAUAAAUAAAUAAUUACAGGAAAAGCUCUCGGUAGGGUUACUGUGCUCACCGGCGAUGGCGAUGCAAACUGGCAUAGGGUUUUCCAAGAUCAUCAUCUUGGUCGGAGCUGGGUACACGAGUACUCUCCUGUUCAAGAACGGUAAAUUAUCCGACGUGUUGGGCGACCUCCAGUCCCUGGUGAAAGGACUGGAGAAAAAGGGGCAAUCAGCAGAGGGUGACACGGACUAUUCUGAUGCUAUCGCUUCUCAGGUACGCCGGUUAGCAGCGGAGGUUCGACAGCUGGCCUCAGCAAGACAGAUAACUGUUCUUAAUGGAAAUUCUGGCGGUAACGUAACAUCUCUUGUAGUGCCGGCUGCUGCCGUGGGAGCACUGGGUUACGGAUACAUGUGGUGGAAGGGUCUUUCAUUCUCAGACCUGAUGUAUGUUACAAAGAGUAAUAUGGCAACUGCCGUGUCAAAUUUGACAAAACAUCUGGAACAUGUGUCCGAGGCUCUUGCGGCAACAAAGAGGCACUUAACACAGCGAAUUGAGAACUUGGAUGGAAAACUGGAUGAACAAGUGGAAAUGUCGAAGUUAAUUAAGAAUGAGGUUACUGAUGUUCGUGUUGAUCUUUCUCAAAUUGGAUAUGACUUGGACACUCUACAGAGAAUGGUUUCAGGUUUGGACGGAAAGAUAAUGUCACUGGAAGACAAACAGGACCUUGCAAAUAAAGGUGUGCUGUACCUGUGCAGCUUUGUCAAUGGGGGAAAAGGGGAACUGCCGGGAGUUGUUCAGGAGCAACUUAAGCUUUCUGGGAAGUCGCGUGGUUAUAUCACUAGUGCUGAAACUACGUGCCAGGGUCUCAAGGAUAUAGCAGAUGCUUUAGUGUCAGGAAAUGCCAAUAGGUCAAUUACAGACGGUACUGUGGAGGGUACUGAUAGGUUUGAUGAUCGGCCCAGGAGCCUGAGUAGGGCGGCUUCGACCAAGUGCUGAUUCAUCCUUUGAUGAAGGAAGAUCUCCAGCAGAGCUUCCUUGGAAGUAGAUUUUAUGUAUGUCAAUAACAAGCACUGUGGUUCAUAUAUAUACAGCUGCAUAUCAUAUAUAUAUACAGCUGCAUAGUUGUGUUUAUUUUUAUGUCGCAAAGCAAAUCAUGGUUUGUGAUUCUAUUCUUGAGGUUGUUGACUGAUUCUCUUCUUAUGGUAAAUGUUCAAGUGGUGGGUGGAUGUUGAACAUGAAA